AUGUCUGACGUCGCUGAAACCAAGCCUGACCCCGCCACCAACGCUCCUGAGGCUCAGAAGCCUGAGGAGACGACCCCCGCCGCCAACACUGAAGAGUCCAAGCCUGCGGAAGGAAAGUCCGUGACCGAGGCCGCGGUUGACACUGUCAAGGAUGCUGCCAGCAAGACAUCUGACAGCGUUUUCUCCAUGUUCGGUGGUGGUCCCAAGAAGGAGAAGAAGGAGGAGGCUGAAGAUGCGAAGGAUGAACCUUCCGGUUCUUCUAAGGCUCAGCAGGGUGAAGAUGAGGAUGAGGCGCCCGAGUCUCCCGAUGUCCACUUCGAACCCGUUAUUCGCCUGACGGAGAAGGUCGAGACCAAGACCAACGAAGAGCUUGAGGAGCAGGUCUUCAAGAUGCGUGCCAAGCUGUUCCGAUUCGACGCCGAGAGCAAGGAAUGGAAGGAGCGUGGUACCGGUGAUGUUAGACUGCUCAAGCACAAGGAGAACCAGAAGACCCGGCUAGUGAUGCGCCGAGACAAGACCCUCAAGGUCUGCGCUAACCACUACGUUGUCCCCGACAUGAAGCUUAAGCCCAACGUCGGCAGUGACCGCAGCUGGGUUUGGAGUGUAGCUGCGGACGUCAGUGAGGGUGAACCUGAGGCUCAGACCCUGGCCAUUCGUUUCGCCAACAGCGAGAAUGCCAAUCUCUUCAAGGAGGCUUUCGAGAAGGCUCAGCAGGAGAACGAGAAGAUCAUCGGCCAGCAGUAA